GUGCACAUUACAAGGCUUUUUCUAUUAUCAAUAAGUAAAUACCUGAGGACACAAAAUUAUUUGAUUACUAAAUUGAUUCCGUAUAGUAGUUAAAAUGACUUCGGUUGAGCUAUCAGCAGAACAAAGCCAGCUAAUAAAAAAAAUCGCAAGUGAUAAUGAUUUCACCGAUCACCAAGUCAAAAAUAUAACGGGCAGUGCGAAAGGUGACAAUUACUUCGGAAAGAUCACUUCUGUUACGAUAGAGGAUGGCAACAAAAAACUGGAGCUGAUACUGAAGUCAGCUCCUGUGGGGGAGAUCAGAAAGCGAAUGCCCUUACACAAAGCCUACCUACGCGAGAUAUUCGUCUACGAGCAAGUCUUCGCGGAGUUCAAGAAGUUCCAGGAGGAGUACCGCCUCUCCGAGCCCUUUCAGAGUUACCCUAAGCUCUACGCCACCUGUGAUACCGAGUUCAGCGAGUGUUUGGUCAUGGAGAAUCUACGAGAAAGCGGUUAUAAGCUGUGGAACAGAAAGCAACCCAUGAACCCAGAACAUAUAUCUGCAGUGCUGAAAGAGUACGCCAAACUUCACGCAGUCUCUCUUGCUAUGGCUGAAAGAAAGCCAGAGGACUUCAGGAAACUGGUUAAAGUGAUGAAGGAGUAUAUUUGGGAUACUAAUAAGGAGCAGAAGGCUAUGUUUGUGAACUCAGUGAUGGUUAAAGUGAUGGAUAUUUUCGAGAAUGAUGCAGAAACAACUAGAGUUCUCAAAGCUUUCGAGAAACGUUUGCCUGAUUUAUUCUUUGAUCCGUCAAGUGAGUCAGAGAAUUUGGUCAUCGAACAUGGGGAUUGUUGGUGCAAUAAUUUGAUGUUUGAAUACAAGAACCAAGACAACUCAUCAGUUCCAUCGAGCGUCAGGAUCAUCGACUGGCAAUUAUCCAGACUCUCGUCUCCAGCAAUGGACUUGUCCUACUUCUUCCUGGUACACAGUCCGAAAGAGAUUCUCUACGACUACGAAAACUACCUGAAACUCUACCACGACACCCUCAGCAAGAACCUGCGAGAGUUUUCUUGCGAUCCUGAAAAGGUGUUUCCGUACAGUGUUCUUCUGGAACAUUGGAACAAGAAGGCAUGUCUGAGUGUCUAUACGGCUUUCAGUAUUCUGAAGCUACUGCUAUGCGAUUCUGAAGAUGCUCCUGAUUUCAAUGAGGGCGAUGUAGGUGGCAAGAAUUUGAUGGAUAUCUUGAGCUUCACUCCUAAAGAUGGCGACGUUUAUAGCACAAGAAUCAGGGAUCUUGUGGAGUUCAGUAUCAAAACAGGAAUAGUGAGAAUAACUACGGUGGAGUUGUCAGCAGGACAAAGCCAGCUUAUAGAGAAAAUCGCGAGUGAUAAUGAUUUCACCGAUCACCAAGCCACAACCACAACAGAAAGUGUGAGAGGUGACAAUUACAUGGGCAAGAUCACCACUGUUACAGAAGAGGAUGGCAACAAGAAAAUGGGGCUGAUACUGAGGUCAGCUCAUGUGGCGAAGAUCAGAAAGCAAAUGUCAAUACACAAAGUCCAUCUCCGCGAGAUAUUCUUAUACGAGGAAGACUUCGCGAAGUUCAAGGAGUUUCAGGAAGAGUACCGCAUAUCCAAACCAUUUCAGAAAUACGCCAAGCUCUACGCAACCAGUGAUGUAGAGCGCAGGGAGUGUCUAGUCAUGGAGAACACACGAGAAAGCGAUCACAAAUAG